GCCUCCGGCCCCACCACCCGCGCCCGGGCUCUAGGCGGGAGGCGACGCCUGCGCAGUGCGGUCGCGGGGGCUGUCGUUGUCCCCCGAGCCGCCGACCGGGCCUCGAACGGGAUGGCAGAGGAGGUGAGCACCCUGAUGAAGGCCACAGUCCUGAUGCGGCAGCCUGGGCGGGUGCAGGAGAUCGUGGGCGCCCUCCGCAAGGGCGGCGGAGAUCGGUUACAGGUGAUUUCUGAUUUUGACAUGACCUUGAGCAGGUUUGCAUAUAAUGGAAAGCGAUGCCCUUCUUCUUACAAUAUUCUGGAUAAUAGCAAGAUCAUCAGUGAGGAGUGUCGGAAAGAGACCUCACUCUCAGGGUCAGUGCAAAGGAAUGACCAGCUGUGUGGAUCCAGGUGCUCCCUGGACUUCACCAAACAGCUCACAGCACUCCUUCACCACUAUUACCCAAUUGAGAUCGACCCACACCGGACCGUCAAGGAGAAGCUACCUCAUAUGGUGGAAUGGUGGACCAAAGCGCACAAUCUCCUAUGUCAGCAGAAGAUUCAGAAGUUUCAGAUAGCCCAGGUGGUUAGAGAGUCCAAUGCAAUGCUCAGGGAGGGAUACAAGACCUUCUUCAACACACUCUACCAUAACAACAUUCCCCUUUUCAUCUUUUCUGCGGGCAUUGGUGAUAUCCUGGAAGAAAUUAUCAGACAGAUGAAAGUGUUCCACCCCAACAUCCACAUCGUGUCUAACUACAUGGAUUUUAAUGAAGAUGCGCGGUGGCUCAGACCUGUAAUCCCAGCACUUUGGGAGGCCGAGGCGGGUGGAUCACUUGAGGUCAGGAGUUCGAGACCAGCCUGGCCAACAUGGUGAAACUCCAUCUCUACUAAAAAUACAGAAAUAAGCCGGGCGUGGUGGUGUGUGGCUGUAAUCCCAGCUACUCGGGAGGCUGAGGCAGGAGAAUCGCCUGAACCCAGGAGGCAGAGGUUGCAGUGAGCCAAGAUCACACCACUGCACUCCAUCCUGGGCGACAGAGUAAGACUCUGUCUUCAGAAAAAAACAAAAACAAAAAAACUUUCAAAGGAUCCUCUCUCUUUGGUGUUUGCCUGACAGUCAACUCUCUGCCCUGGGGUACCUAAUUUAUGGGCCUGCCCUGCCCCAUGUCACUGUCGUAUUAUUAUGUGCCAUUCUGGGUCCUAAAGGGCUUGGGCUUUGAUUUGUUUUUCCCAAGCCAGAGGUGGGCUGCUCCAACUCAUCCACAUUCUGACUUUUUUCCCCAUAAAACUGAUGGUUGGAAUUUUCAUCACGUUGACCUGCAGUGAGGAUGUGGCCCGCAGCUGAGCAUUAGCACACGUGUAACCUGAGCGGCAUUUAUAUCACAGCUUCGUGCAUCCACCAGAACAGAUGAUCUGCAAUAUUGGAUGGCUCCUUUUCAUUUAAACUAGGAGUUACAAACUUAUGCUGUAAAAGGCCCUGUCGUCAAUAUUUAGGCUUUGUGGGCUGUGGCAUCACUGUCGCAACUGCCCAAAUUUGCCUUUAUAGCACAAAAAAGCAGCCAUAGGCAUCAUGUAAACAAAUGAGUUUGGCUGUAUCCCAAUACAACUUUAUUUACAAAAGCAGGCCAAGUCUGGCUCAUGGGCCCUAGUUUAGGCUACAGUGAAGUUUUGGCAUUAUCUAUCACUUUUGGGAUUCCCUUUUCUCUGUGACAGAGACAGUGGAGAGCUGGUGCCACAUGGGUCCCUGCAGCCCUUCCAUCUGUCUCUUGUC